UCAAAACGCUGCUCCACACGCUCACUUCCAUGGUGACGGAUCCAAGCGGAGCCUCGGCGCUCUUUUCAAACCCUUUACCGCGGAAACGUGUCAGCCCGAGGAGCUGUUUGCCACCCGACUCUAACCGAUAACACGAUGUGGUGCGGAUAAUUAACUUUUAACGCAAGUUAAAGGUGCGAGCGAGACAUUUACGUCGGUGAUGUAGAGCCAAGUUUGACGUUAGUCGGGCUAGCGUCUCUCCUAACGAGUUGCCAACAUGAACAGCAGCGCGGAGAGGAAGUUUGUCAACCUGAGGAAGCGUCUGGAUCAGCUGGGCUACAGGCAGCCACUGGGGAUAGAGUCACUGCCACUGGUGGAGAAGCUCUUCAGUGAUUUGGUCCACACCACCGAAAGCCUGCGCAAUGCCAAACUGUCAGCGGGCAAGACCGACAAGGAAAGUCGAAACUUUGACGCUCUCCUGGAGCCGUACAGGGCGGAGAACGCUCGGGCCAUCAGGGAGAACAACGAGCUGCACCAGGAGCUUCUCAAGCUGAAGGAGGAGAAGGACCGAGUCACCAGAGAGCUCAAGACCCACAUCAGAAAACUCGACCACGAGACGUCCGACUUGAAGUUUUUAAAUAACCAAUAUGUGCACAAAGUUCGCUGCUUGGAGAAGGACGGCAAGGCCAAAGCUGAGCGCAUCCAGCAGCUGCAGGAGAAGAACAUGCAAGCUGUGGUGCAAACACCAGGUGGAAAGAAGCGCAGCAUCCCUUUCAGACGUCAGAGGAUGCAGAUCGAUGAGCUCAUCCCUCCCUCCUCCACGUCAGCUUACCCCGUGUCGCAGCCGGACGAUCCGUAUGUCGCUGACCUGCUGCAGCUGGCAGAUGGAAGAAUCCACGAGCUACAGGAAGACAUCGUAAAGAUCAAACUGGACCUGGAAAAUGCUCGAGACUAUAUAAAACACUUAAACACACAGGUGGAGGAGAGAGACAAAGAGAUCGAGCGUCUAAAUCGUGUUCUUCAGGGAGGACGACCUCAUGAUGUCAUUACCCUCGAGGCUCAGAACGCCAGCAACGAGAAACUCAUCGCACAUCUCAACCUUCAGAUCGAGUACCUGCAGGAGACCAACAGGACCCUGGAGCAGAGGGUCGAAGGUCUGCAGCAGAAGAAGAAGGACGUGUCCACCGAGGUGGCCAAUCUGUCUUUGAAGAACCUGGAACUGUGCGAAGAGUUGACGCACAUAGACGACCUCGCCAAGCGGCUUGAGAUGGACAGGGAGCGUGUUUUGGAAACUGCCGACAUGGAACUGCACGAAGCUAAAAAAGAAAUUCAAAGGCAGCAGGAAAUUAUUGCAGAGUUGGAGGAUAUCGUCACCAAAGUUAGACGGGAGCAGUCUGAAGGUGACUUUGAAAAAGAUCGACUCAGAGACCAGCUGGUGGAGCUCGGAGAGCAGAAUGAGAAAAUGGAGGGGCUGGUGAAUUUCCUGGAGGACGAGAAAAUCAGACUGCAGGACAAAAUGGAGAAAAUGACGGCAGCUGAUAAAGACCUGGUGCUGGAGUUGGAGACCAUGCGGGCUAAGCACGGUGUUUGUGGAAGGGAGCGCUCCCCAUCGCGACUCGACGCAUUUGUCAAGAGUCUCGAGGAGGAGAGGGAUUAUUAUCGACAAGAGGCAGAGCGCUACAAAAGUGCCAGAGGACCCGGUGGCCUGGAUUUAAGCCCCAGUCGUAGUCCAGGCAGGGGCCGAAGUCCUUGGUCCAAAGUAACAAGAGGAGGUGGUACAGAGACAGAACUGCUUCGCGUAUUAAAGGAAAGAGACGAGCUGAAGGCUGCUCUGUUGGACUUUGAGAGGCACAUGGAGGACAUCCAGGACAAUGUGAAGGCCCUCAGCACAGAGAGAGAACAUUUCAAAGCUCUGUUUAAACAAGCUCAGGAGGACUUGAAGCUGGCUCGUAGCAGAGACACGUCAGCUGACCUCUUGAAACUGAAGGAGGAGAUCACCCAGGCGGAAAUGAAGAUCCAACAGAUGAGCGCUGAAAGAGACACACUGAUGGACAGAUUAAAGGUCGCUCAGACUUCGGCUCUCGCUGACAGACAGGGAGAGGAGAGGAGGACUGUUGACCUGGAGAAUGUCGUUCGGAGUUUAGAGCGGGAGAGGCUGGAUCUGCGCUCACAGGUGUGUCUGCUGAAGGAGAACAGGGAGGCCGCGGAGGCGGAGCUGAAGGUCCGAUCUACUGCUCUGGUCCAGAACGCGGAGGAGGUCGCACAGCAGAGGGCAGAGUGUAACGCUCUGAGGCUACUACAGGAGCAGAUGGAGCAGUCACUGUCUGAUACCCAACACAGGCUGUCCGUGAAGAUGAACGAGCUGCAUGCUGCUCACGAGCAGAUUGACAAACUGGAGGAGAGAAUAGGGGAGCUGAGUCAACUGGGUGCCAAACACAAGGAGGAAGUGGCUGUCCUCCACAAAUCUAUCUCUGCCCUGGACAGAGAGAAAGACGCUCUGCAGGAUGAGGUGGAUCAGAAGACGGAAAGACUGGUCGUUCUCCAGGAGGACAACUCUAAAAAGGAGCAGACCCUUGAAGAUGUCAGACUCACAGUCACAAACAUGGACAACUCUCUAGCUCAGCUGCAGGGGGCGUUAAACAGCCGCGAGAGGGAGAUAACCAGCCUGAGGAGGCAGCUGGACGUCUGUCAGGAGGAGCUGUCCACACUCAGGAGAGACAAAGAAAUCACGAUCCGAGAGAACAGGAGGCUGCAGGACGACCUGGCUACGAUGACCAGAGAGAACCAAGCUGUACAUGUGGAGAUGGAGGAGGCUUUGCAUGAGAAGGAUGAGCUGAAGUUGAGAGUCCACUCUUACAUUUCUGAAGUGUCCAGGAUAGAGAAGCUGAUGGCCACAAAGGAGCAGGAGAACAGAGACCUGCUGGAUCGUUUCAGGAUGGCGCACUCCGAGGUGGAGGAGCGGGAGCAGAAGUUGCAGCAGGCCGAAGGCCUCAAUAACACCAUCCGCCUGGAGCUGCUGUCUUCAGACUCGGAGCGCAGACACCUCCGCGAUACUGUCAGCCACCAGGACAGAGAAAUCCAGCAGCAUGGAGAGGCCCUGCAGGCCUAUGAGGCCCAAGUCUCCUCGAUGGUUCGUGGAAUGUCCAGGCUGGAGGAGGAGCUGCUCAAAGCAAAGGAGGAGAAGGCCGCGCUCCUCUCGGAUCUGGCAUCCGUCAGGGAGCUCUGUGUCAAACUGGACUCUGGCAAGGAGCUCACCGCACGUCAGCUCACCUCCAGGAGCAUGGAUCUAGAGAGACUCACAGGAGAACUGGAGGAUGUUCGGUCAGAAUCUGAGCUGCUUAAGAAACAGCUGGCCAGCGAGAGGCUGACCGUCCGCAACCUCGAAACACUGCUCUCCACCAAUCGGCACAAGGAGUUCCAAACCCACCUGACAGCCAGCGAGAGAGAGUCGGAGCUGAAGGUCCUUCGUGACAGGCUGGCGCUGGCUGACAGCAAAACUGCGGAGCAUGUCAGGGAGGUGUCCCAGCUCCGUGGCAAAGUCUCUCAGCUGCAGACGGAGAUGGACGUCCUGAAAAGACAGCUGACCACGGAACGCUUCGAACGUGAAAGGGCGGUUCAGGAGAUGCGCAGGCAGGGUUUGUCGUUCUCGUCCCUGCAGAGUUCGUCGCCCCUCAGCGUCUCCACCAGUCCUCAUCAGACCUCCCCAGAACGCUCCAUCCUCCGAAGUCUUAACCGCUCCACUGACAAGUCAGCAGACAGAAGCGUGAGCUUCAAGGAUUAACAGCUACAGACAGACAAACGAAGGCAUCGAUGAGUGAGUCCGAAACCACUAGAAGCUUAAAAGUCUCGAGUCUGCACUUGAAUUGUGAAAGCAUCAAAUAAACCUCGGCGCUAAUCAUCCUGCAGCAUUCGUCUAACCCGAGGCACUCAGGGUGAAAUCAUGCCUGGGUCUUUAAUAAAGCCAACGACGGUGCUAACAUUUAUACAAGUUGUCUUUUUAACCAAUGCAAAUAUCAACUUUUAAUGACUCCACUUACACGACUGGACGCAGAAGUGUCCGCUGUGUUUAGUAUGUUACAGUCCGAUCCGAUCCUCAGCCACUAUAACCUCACACAUGUAGCAAGAGAAGUGUUCGUGCAGCCCUGUGGUCCUGUGU